ACGCAGAGCAGACAGAGCUUGUGCGGCUCGGACAGUGUGGGCGCACGGCUGUAGCACGCGUUUGCCCCGGGAAAGGACCAUGAGCGCACGACAAAACCGGAGCCGAGGAGAGGAGCAGAGCCCGCCACAGAGUACGGGGCUGGAGAAUGGGGUGAUGAGGAGCAGCCUCUGUUGACCUCAAUGCAGACAACCAGUGAUGGCCACAGCACCCCCGCAAAAUUCGUUGGAUGACAUAAUCGACUCUGAAGAACAACGAGAACACCCGGAGUUCCUGAGCUCUGUAGAAAAGAUAGUUCUCACCAUCUUCCUGUCCAUCAUCAUUAUUAUGACUGUGUUCGGCAACCUGCUGGUGAUGGUGGCCCUAUGCAAAGACAGGCAUCUCCGUAAAAAAAAGACCAACUACUUCAUUGUGUCCUUGGCAUUUGCUGACCUGUUGGUGGCGCUGGUGGUCAUGCCCUUUGCUGCCAUUGAGCUGACCACAGGGGAGUGGCACUAUGGAGAGAUCUUCUGUCUGGUGCGGACAUCUUUGGACGUCCUGCUCACCACCGCGUCUAUCCUACACCUGUGCUGCAUAGCCUUAGACAGGUAUUACGCCAUCUGCUGCCAGCCACUGGUCUACAGACACAAGAUGACCCCGGUGCGAGUGGCUGUGAUGCUCGGUGGCUGCUGGCUCAUUCCCACUUUCAUCUCCUUUUUACCCAUCAUGCAAAGCUGGAACGCCAUUGGCAUCGAGGACAUAAUCGCAGAGCGGCGUGCUUUAGCUGGUGGUGCUAACGACACCAGCUGUGUGUUCCUGGUGAACUGGCCGUAUGCUCUGAUCUGCUCGGCUGUGGCCUUCUAUGUCCCCUUGGCACUCAUGAUCCUGGCCUACCAGCGCAUCUACGUCACCGCCAUGAGCCACGUGCGCCAGAUCGAGACCUUACAGCGCGCGGGCUCCGCCCCUGUUUCCGGAACGAUGCCCAUCAUGACUGUGCGAGCGUCCACUUCUUCAGACCCUCUGGACCAUUACAGACUCAGACCACCCCAGGGUGCCCUGCCCUCAGAGCACGGUCCCAUGGUGAACAGUCGUAUGAGGAUAGAGACCAAAGCGGCUAAGACACUGGCUGUGAUCAUGGGCUGCUUCUGCCUGUGUUGGGCACCAUUUUUUAUCACCAACAUUGUAGACCCGUUCAUCCACUACUCAGUGCCCUGGCAGCUGUGGACAGCGUGGCUCUGGCUGGGGUACAUAAACUCAGGACUUAACCCCUUCCUGUACGCCUUUCUGAACAGAGCGUUCCGGAGGGCCUUUCUAGUCAUCCUGUGCUGUGGGGAUGAGCGCUAUGCACGGCAGGGCAGCCACUCCUAUGGACACACCAACAGAGCGUGCUCUGCUGCAUCGGUCAACGGGACGUCCAUAGCCCUCAGACUGUCCUUUUUACCGAACCGGAGCUACAGCGACAAUGGCCGAACGAUACUGGCCAAUGAACAAGAAUCGCAGGACUCUCUAGGGGCACUAUGAGGACUACUUUUUGAAUAGCACCACACACCACAUUGACUGAAGUACUACUGUGUACUACUAUUCCAGUGCACACAUGGACCGUCCUCGCUGGUGGCACCCUGAUCAAACAGCUGGGACUAUUUCGUAUUGUUCUCACAGUUUAUAGGACUUUUUGUAUAUGUGAUUCAUUAUUGUCAAUACUAGUCAGUUCAGUGUGGAAUUGUGGAUUUUACAAUUUAUUUUGAGACUAGUGAGAUAUUGUGGUAGAAAGUCCAUCAAUGUGGUCAUAUUCAUCCAUAACUGAUUUAUUUCUUUGACAGAUAUGACAUUAUUUUAAUGUAUAAGGAUUUAAUUAUUGGUAACCCAUAGCAAAUACAUUAAAAAAGACCACAUGCUGCAUAUUAUCUGUGACUAUAUAACCCUGUUCACUUAAGCAGCCUGAUCCAGGGAUUUGCUCUUCCCUGCAGAUGUAUAACAUCAUGUUUCCUAAGUUAAAUUGUCUGUCCAUUUCCAACAUGGUUUUUAAAUUUAAAGUCAGACCCAAAUUGUGACAUAUUAUGUUUGUGAAAACAAUCACGUCUAAUGUUCAAAUAGUGUAGCGUAUUCUUUUUAUCACUGUCUGUCUCCAAACAGCUCUUAUGGCUCUCCAUGUGCAGCUUAGCUCUGUUGCUUUUCUUUACAGCACUCAUGGGUUAUUUUAUGGCACUUAACUCCUGAGGAGAUUGUUCAGUGCAUUUCUGUCAUUAUUUAUUGACUAUGGAUAUUCACCUAUCUUUGUUCAAAUGAAUACAGAUAGACUGAAGGAUUAAAAGUGUAGGCUAUGCGCCCUGUCAUUGAAAAUGUGUUAUUUAUUUAUCAUUAACACAAGAAGGUGAUCUUCAUGUGUUGGUGUGUUUAAUGUGACAGAGAUGGUAUAUACAAUAAUUUGAAAUAAAAUGUAUACAGUAGCAAGAG